AUGCCGUCGACCGCUACCGGGAAACUCGCCCCCACGCCCCCACCGGAACCGGCUCAGCUUGCAGGUUCAGCAGACUCGGGAUCGUGGAAGAACAGAUUGUCGGACCGACAACUGAAGCGCAAGCGCGCUGUGGAUCGUGACGCCCACCGCGAAAGUCGCGCAAAGACACGCCAAACCAUUGCUGUGCUUCAGGAGCAGCUGAGGCAGAUGGCCGAAGGGCGGGAUGACGUCCUGGUUCUUAAUCUACUGGCGCAAGUAGAAGAGCUAGAGAAGCAGCGGGACAUGCUCAAGAUGCGCUUAGGAGGCGUCCUGUCCGCCGUUGGCCUGACUGGUGAAGAGAGGCGCGCGCUCGAGGCCCGCAAUGCGAACGCAAACGCCGACGCAAACUAUAACACCCGUGAAUGCCUCGUCAGCCAUGUGAAAAUAUCGGAAAUUGAACCUGUGGUACCCGAGCCCACUGCCGCAGGACCGAUAGUAGCAGACGAGCUUCCUGGUCAUGGCAGCAGCCAACAGCCGCCUUCGGACAUUCCAGACGAUCUACACAUGUCUUCUGUAACCCUAGAACCUCUCGAGCUAGCGUGUACCGGCAAUCGAAGCCCCGUAGAUACCGAGUUGAACCACCGCAUGGUCAAGGAACGCCAGCAACUGUCUUUGUUUGUCCAAAUCUCACAUGCAACUGGCAGCGCAGAUCAUGGCCUAAAGCUUUGCUCUUCGGACGAUGACUUCCUUGAAUCGAUAAUCCUAUGGAAGUUGUCUAACCCAAUCUACCAGCACGUUUACCCUUUGGCGAAUAGUCUUCUGCACAUCGACCUCGCCCCCACUUGCAUAACAGCUGUGGACAUGGAUCAGUAUAUCGCGUCUCCGACCUUCGCGCAAGAUCUCGAUCGGGAGCUAUUCCCAGACUACAACUGGACUCUACAACAUCCGCGUCCGCCGCCCUCUGCCUCGUUAGACAACAAGAAUUUGCUUCAGAUGAAGAAGCGCCAAGUCAUUGCCGCUGCUCUUUUCUGCACCCGCCACUGGACAUACAUUUCACACCGAGUGCGCCUGGUCAUGUUUACAGUAGUGUAUAAGCUCAUCUUGUUUCUGGUGCUUCCGACCGUGGAGAAUCUUCACAAGUGUCCUCGGUGGUAUAGGCCAGUGGCUGCACAGUUUCUGCACCCCCAUCCGUCUUUCAUCGAUCUCUUACCCUGGCCUCUCCUACGCGAGAGACUGGUCCACUCUUACCCGAGCUACGAGAAUAGCGAUCUGAUUAGUAGCAUUCUCUCAAAUCUGCAAUUUAGUCAGCCGCGCUUGGACACGACAAGCCCUAUCACUUUGAUCGGCUCCGACUUGGAAUUCAGCCCAGUCUUCGAUCAGGCGCUUGAUGAUUUGAGCAACCUUAGCAUGGAUGAUGCCUUCUGUACUCGGUAUCCUGAGCUCACUGCCUGCGUUAACACCGCGCCCGCAGAUUCGAUGCUGCCGCCGGCAUCUGUAACUACUGAUCCUGCAAGCCUACAAACAGAACGCAGUGCAACUAGUGUGCGGCAACCGACACGACCGAAGAUUCAGAAUGAUGACAGGAUGUCAAGACUGCAUCCUCUGCCGAAUCAAACUGUGGCAUUUACCAUGUUCUGA